UAUUAUGUAAGAGAUUAAAUGUUAAUGAUAAAAAUAGUUUUUAUUCCUUUUAAGGUGUUUUAUAUUAUAAUUUGUAUUGUGAUUUUAUGCAGAAAUAUACUUUGGUUGUCAGUUGUUGGGUUCAAAAUAGAGUUGAUAUUUCUUAUUCAAAAAUAUAUUUAAUAUUAAAUAAACAGAUUUUUGUUAUGAAGUUGGCUUCUUGGUUUUAAAUAAAUCAAUACAAGCCUAUCUCUAAUAAUGGAUGAAGUUGAAGCUGAAGUUAUUACAGUGGCUAGUCAACUUUAUCAAUACUUAGAUUAACUUCAUAAUAAUUCCACUAUAUACACAUAGUAUAAACUUUUGAUACUAAAAUGUUAAUAUUAAAGUGUUUUUAUUUAAAUUAUUAAAUACAUUCAUCUGCAUUUAACUUGAAGAUUUUCAAAAUGAUAGAUUUAACUGAAAAUAAAGGCAAUAAACAAGAAAAUCAAUAUCUUAAAUCGGAGAGCCAAAUAUAUGAUUCAGACGAACAACCUGACUUUUCACAUAGGAUUAUUGAAAAUAUAAUUAAAAAGAUAAAAAAUUACAAAAAAUUAAGUUAUAAAGAUCAAAUCAACAAAUUAAGGGAAGAGAACGUAUUAUUAGAUGAUGAUGAACCAGUAAAAAUAUUAGAAGAGCAUUAUUUGGCAUCAUUUAUUCCAAAUAUAGUAAUUAAAUAUAUCAUUGAAAAUGAAAAGCAUCAAUUACCAUAUGAAAGUGAACAGAUUGGUGUUGUACUAUUUGCCAUUGUUUCAGGUAGUGAUGAAUUAAUUGAAAAAUUUUUGUUUUAUGACAUGAAUGGCACUGAAGAGAUUUCUAUGAUGUAUAAUAAUUUUUUUGGACCAAUAUUUACAAAAAUAAUGGCAGCAAAUGGUGACAUUGUCAGAUUUACAGGUAAUAGCUUUCUCUGCAUAUGGACAACUGAAAAGGACUCAGAUAUUACAAAUAUAACAGAUGAUGCGGCAAAAUGUGCACUUUCCGUAGUAAACGAAUAUGGAAUGAAUAAAACAUAUAUUGAAUCAAAACUGUUUAUCAAAUUCGGUCUUUCUGUUGGAAAGUUUUACUUUUUAUUAGGAGGAAAAUUGAAUGAAUAUAUAGAUUUAAUAAUUACUGGUCCAGCAGUAUUGUCUGCUCAAGAAGCACAAUGUUUGUGUUUGUCAGGAGAAGUAAUUUUGACUGCUGCUGCUUGGAAAAAUCUAAAUCACCAUCAAUCUACAUAUCAUGCUAUUUAUUUAAAUGAAAACAAAUAUGUAAAAAUAUUAUUAAAAAAUCAAGAAUUAAAAAACAAUGAAAUUACACAUAAAGAAAAAUAUGAAACUAAAAUAGAAUGCUUAAGAAGAAAAAGUAGAAAUGGGGAAGAGAAACAGAUUAAUUUAGAUAAAGAACAUGACAAAGAAGCAACUUCACAAGAAGAAGAAUCUAAAUUUAAAUUGUUAAAUAGUACAGAAUCUAAAAUUAAAGAUGACAGUAUUAAAAUAAUAAGAUCUGAGUACAUAGAAGAAGAAGAAAUAAAAUAUGAAGAAUUACCAGAGAUAAAAAUUACAGAAAAAAGAAAACAAAAACAUAAACAGAGAGAAUUCAUAAUACAAUCUUGCACAAAACAGCAUUUACCAAUUAUUGGAGCUUUUGUGACUUCUGUAGUUAAAUUGAUUAGUAUAAAGCAACUAAACAGUAAGUCUGAAGUGCGAAAAGUCACAAUGUUAUUACUUUUUCUACAAUCUUCAACUGUCCAACCUGAUACUACCACCAUCAAUGAAGUGAUUGAAGUCAUUUACACAUUUACUACUAAUGCUGAAGGAAUAUUUCUGUUGAAUAAAACUAUUGUUUUGAAGCGAGGAUACAUUUUUCAAAUUGCCUUUGGUUUGUCUCCCUGUUCUCAUCAAGAUGAUGCCUCCAGAGCAUUGAUAUGUGCCAAUAAAAUCAUGAAUUUUAUGAAAACAACUUCAAGAAAAUGCUCAAUUUCUAUUGCUACAAACGUUGCUUUUUGUGGAACUAUUGGAAAUCAAUUUCGCCAAGAAUAUUCAGUAUUUGGUAAAGUAAUAAACAAUGCUUUCAGAAUAUUGCAUUUGUAUUCAAACUAUAGAAUCAUAUGUGAUAGUAAUACAUUUUACAAAGCACAACCUAUGCUAGGAGAAGAAAAUUUUAUAAAAGUCUCAUUGAAGAAUUCUGAUAUCUUGAAACAUGUGAAAUUACUUUAUGAAUUUCAAUCUAAAGAUUUAGAGGAAAAGCUUCAUGAAAUUGAAAAAAUUCCACAUCCAUGCAUUGGAAUGAAUUGGGAAAAGUCAGUUAUAACAUAUUGUUUAAAGAAAAGUUUAGAAGAUUCAGAGCAAAAGAUUAUCUAUUAUCCUGUCUCUCACCAUUUUAUUAUAAUAAAAGGAGAACCAGGAAUUGAUCUUAAAAUGCUUCUUAAUUGGGCAACUAUUGAGGCAGCUAAUUUCAAUUAUAAAGUCAUUACCUGCGAAGCUAUAAUGUCAAAGAAACAUAAUUCAUUUAGUGUUGCAGUAUUAUUAUUAAAUCAAUUGCUUCAAUUCAAAGAUGUUUCCUUUGACAUAAAACAAAAACUUUUAAAUAUGCUUUUGAAAGACAAUGAAGAAACAGCACAUAUACCUUUAUGCAUUUUAAAUGAAUAUUUUGAUAUAAAUUUUCCAUAUUCUGAACCAAUCCUUCCUCGAAACAAGAUAUUAAGAGAAAACAUGGUUUAUGAAUUGCUUUUAGUAAUUUUGAAAAAGAUAAUGGAACUUUAUCCUAUUAUGAUAGCAAUAGAUGAUGCACAUAAUAUGGAUAAUGCUUCUUGGAAACUGUUAUAUAAUGCAGCUCGUGCAUAUCAUCAUAUUAUUUGUGUGUUAACAAUUUCUCAGACUGUCCACCAUUCCAAUUAUAUUGAUAAGAUAUUACAUGGGCAAAAUACUAUCAUCUCAAUGACAACUUUAGAUCCUUCUUAUGUAGGAAUACUAGCAUGCCAAAUACUUAAUGUUAUAGGAAUUCAUAAAGAUAUUGUUAGUAUUCUUCAGAAAUAUGGAAGAGGAAAUAAGCAAUGGAUUAAAACCUUAAUUCAAUAUCUGGACUCACAGGAUUAUAUUACAUGUGUUUCAUAUCCUGUUACACCACAGACUUAUGAAAAAUUUGAUUCUAAUUUUAUAUUUCCUUACAAGAAAUNAUACGUAUUUUGGAAAUGUUGA